AUGGAAGUACCCGACAGAAGAAGCCUACGGAUAUCCGGAGUGCCUGUGUUCGGGGCCUUCCUGCGCUCAGAGUUCAGUGAGGAGAACCUGCAGUUCUAUCUGGCCUGUGAGCAGUACGAGCACUCGUCCAACAACUUCAGUCUGCAGAGAAGGGCACGAGACAUCUGCAACACAUACAUCCUGCCAGGGUCUCCCAGAGAGAACCAUUUGAUGCGUUGGUUCUUGGAGGGAGAUGAGCUGCUGCUGAGACCCCUGGGUUGGAGGUGUGUACCUAAUCCUAAGUACACAGGUAUUCAAAUAUGA